AUGAAACAAUUCUAUUUCUUGUGCUCAUUCUCUACACUUCUUCUGCUAAUUGUUGCUCAAAAUUGUCCAAAAGGCUAUGUGGAGAGUGUUGGUGGAGAUGCUUGUCUUUAUCCCGUUACACUGCUUGAGAACUACCAAGAUUGCACUCACAAAUGUUGGCUACAACAUGGCGUCGUUGCACAACCAAACAACGCUUUCGCCAACAAACAAAUACAGCAAAUGAUUGCACAAAAUCUCAGUAAUCAGCUCGCGUACAUCGGUGUUAUUCGCCAAUCGGGAAAUUGGGUCUACUCGGAUGGAACGCCACUCACUUAUCAGAAUUGGGCUCCAGGACAACCGAGCAGCUCGAGCAAUUUGACAAACUGUGUGAUUAUGACCCCAAGCACCGGGCAAUGGAAAGCGGUUGAGUGCAAAAUUGAGAGAACGACAGUCUGCUCAAUUCUUCUCACAGAUCUACCCUGUCCAGAACCUACCUGGAAUUUCCUCGACUCCAAUCAACAAUGCUACUUUGUAUCGGAUUUCACUACAACUGAUCAAUCUCGCUUGGGAAUGAAGACGUUUUCGACUCAUUGGCUGCCCUGGAAAAUUGGCUACGAUGAAUCGUGUGGAAUCUCAAAAUGGCUCCCAGUCUCUUCAUCUCUCGGUACAGCGAGAUUCGUUUGCAAAGCGGAUGCAAAACCACGAGCAAAU